AUGUUCCCUGUGAAAUAUCUCGUGCUGCUUGUCAGCAGUAUCACUGCAAGUCUGUGUGAGGAAUGUGGGACGCCAGUCCAGGAGAGGGGUUUUGUGGCUUCCCUCCUCCAAGUGAUGCUGACGUCCUCAGACCAUGGAUCUCCCGAUCCAAGCAUCCUUCUUGCUCUCCAUCUCGCCAGACAACAUGACCUGGAACAGGAGGACCAUCUCCUGAGGGAACUGAAGAGAAAUAUCAUCAGCAACGGCUCAGAAUUUAAUCCUGGGACCCUUGCAUUGUAUACAAUGGCUUUGCUGGCUUCGUGUGUUGACCCUAUGAAUGUCACGGUGGAAAGCCAGAGGAUGAGCCUGGUGGCUUUGCUGAUGCAUAAACUUCAGAUGGACAUCGAUACCAUUGGUGAGAUUUCAAAAAUGGUUUGGAUCGAAGUUGACAGACGCAGUCUCACAGAUUACGACCAGAUCAGCUUGGCAGUCCUAGCUCUUUGCAAAACCUCAUCGUGUUUGCCUUGCCAAACCAUUGAGAUGGUUUUCUGCUCGGCUGCUCAGCAUUCCAUCCAGGAGGAAUUCACCUACUCUACUGAUACCCUGUCCACUGCUGCCCUGGCCUUGAGGUGUAUGAGCUUUGAAAACUGUGACUGUCGAACGGAGAAAAUGAUGUCAGCCUUGCGGAGCGUGGUGACACGGAUCCUGUCUAACGUUCACAGUGAUGGAACAAUUGGAGACCUCAGCACUACUGGCCUCGCUAUCCAGGCCCUGAAUGCGAAUGGGGACCUGGUUCCUGCCGGAUCCUGGGACUGUCAGCUAUCCAUCAGGAAGCUCCUGGAGGGAAUCUCCAGUGGGGCAUUCGACAAUCCCCAAGCAGUGUCCCUUGUGGUUCCUGCCUUGGAAAACCGAACUUUCCUGGACAUUGACACACUGAACUGUUCCACGGAUGUUGAUGGCCUGCCCUUUGUAGCUCGAGGGGGACCCAUUGCAAUUGACCCUGCAGAUCCCACAGAGAUGUUCGCCCUCCCCUCCCAAACCUUGGCGUCCCACCCAUCGCCAAACAGCUCCAUGAGCCUGUCCCCCGACCAACUCAUCACAGUCAACUACACCGUGACGGAGGCCGUAUUCAACAAAUUUACCCAUUCGCUGGUGCUGACGGUGCCUCUGGGGUCAUCGGUGUUGGACGUAAUGAAGGAGGCAAAUUUUCUGUCACCUGCCAUCUUCAGUUUUCAAUCUGUUGAGACCCCUCAAGGCUCCGUUGUCACAAUGAUAAGCGGUGUUACCGCUGACCUUUUCCAGACUGAGUGGUUCUUUGUUACUGGACAGCACGUGCCCAUUAACCGUGAGUACACAUUUCUGGUUGAAUUCCCUUUUGCUGGGGACAAUGAGUUUGCUUGUGAAAUCCUCUGCAGGAACUCUCCGUGCGUGGUGACGAUGACUUCAGCCACACUCGAUUCAAAAACCUUUGCAUGUUGCCAUAGCAGCCUCUCUCUCAAUGUCGGCAAAACUAAAGAUCUGAUCGUUGAAUUCACAAAGAAGAGAGGAGAACACGUCCCCAUCUACAUCAUCGGAAAUCAGGUUGAGAGGAUGAAGAACAUCAAGCUUUUCGGGGUGCUGAUAACCAACAACCUGUCCUGA